CGAAGCUGACACUACUGUGCGAACACCUGACAAGACCAGACAAGACAACUGAUAAACAAAUAUUAUUCUUCCCAAACCAAAGUGAAUACCGGUCAGCUGAGGCAGUCCCUAUGUGAUUCACGGCAUGGCAGAGAGACCGGACAAUGAGGUGGAGGAGGCGGACCAAAUCUACCUCCUGAUGAAGGAGGAGUAUCGCAUCUCCAGGAAUGUGCGCCUGGCCUGGUUUCUGGGUAAACUGAACCAAGUUAUCUGGCCGGCAUCAAAGCCUGAACUGCUGAACUCAGAAAAUGAGCUGGACUUGCUGAGUAUCUUACCUAAAGGAUGGCAGACAGAUUUCUCCCCCACCAUGUACCCCCACAUGUUGGUGCCAUCCACUCGAGCCACCUUCCUGGCCCGGAGAUACCGCUUCAUCAUCGAGCUGGACCUCAGUCCCUCCACAGGGAUCGUGGACGACAGCACAGGAGAGAUGAUCUUCGAUGAGGUCUUUCACGCCUUGUCCAGGUGUCUGGCUGGUCUGGCUCAACCGUUCAAAGUCCCUGGGACUGAUCAGCUUUUCAAGCCGAAGAUCUUCGUCACCAUCUUGGCAUAUUCUUCCAUUAUUGGCCUCACUUCCCAUCAGGUGUUGGUGCAGGGCUGUCAGCUGGACAGAACAGACCUGGUGGAGUUCCUGCAUUACAUCUAUCAGCAGCUCAGAGCCGUGGAGAGCAGCAUCGCAGAGGUCCUGCAUCAGCAGCAUGACCAGUCCACUGAGCCGGUCCAAAGCUCAGAUCUCCCCAGCAACAUCCAGUAUGAACAGCCCCAAGGGAAGCAAGGCGUUUCCAUGGUGUCGGCUGACAUGGGUCUGGUCAGCAUGGUACGCCAAGGCAUCCUGGCCCUUCAGCUGCUGCCUCCAAACUCCAGUGCAGGUAUCAUCAUUAUAACAGAUGGAGUGACAAGUGUUCCUGAUGUGGCCGUGUGUGAAACCCUGCUAAACCAGCUCAGGAGUGGAACCAUCGCCUGCUCCUUUGUGCAGGUUGGCGGUGCAUACUCCUACGACUGCAGCUUUGGCUACAUCCCAAACGUAGAGCUGAUGAAGUUCAUCUCAUUAGCCACAUUCGGCUCAUACCUGCCCAGCUGUCCUGAUUUGGACCUGAACAGCCAGGAGAUGAAUACUUACCACAAGGCCUUCCUAACUUACUCCUUCCUCAACACCCCCGAGUCAAUGAACUCCGAGUACUUCUGUGUUUCCCAACACAAACUGUUCAAUGAGCACCUGGUGUCCGCCAGCGGUAACCCUGCCCUGGUGAUGAGGAGGAAGAAGCACACGGAAAAGGAAGUCCAUGCUCAUCUGAUCAGCGUGGUGUCCGUGCGCCUGAGAGAGGGCUACACCAUCAGAGAGAUCAGCCUCACCAAAGGUGGGACUCAGCUGGAGGUGAAGCUGGUGUUGUUGUGGAAACACAACAUGCAUAUCGAGUACCUGGCAUCCGCUUCCUGGCCUUUGGACCCAGCCAAGAGAACCACCAGGGUGGAGGUGACGAUGGAGGGAAGCUACGACAUCCUGCAUGACAUCAGCUGCACUCAGAGGAAACCCAUCACCAGCCCGUACCGCACGUCUGUCAUCCGACGCUUCUGGAACACUCUGCAGAGCAUCAACCAGACUGAUCAGAUGUUGGUGCACCUCCAAUCUUUUAAUUCAGUUCCUGAGAACUACAUGAUUCCUGAAAGCACAAAAAAUGGAGUACCUCUGUUCUACAUCCCUCCUGGCUCUACUACUCCGGUCCUGUCCCUGCAGCACAGUGGAUCCAAAGACUCCUCUCAGUCUCAGUUUGCAUCCUACUGGAAGCCCAUCCUCUCUAUGGAUGCCACUUUCUGGCAGAGAUGGCUGCACAUGCAUCGCAUAGCUAUCAUCCUCGAGCAUGACAUGCCUGUCCCCAAACACCUGCACACAGCUGGGAACAACGGCCGUUACAGCACCAUCCAGUGCCGGAUCUCCCACUCCGCCCUCACAUCCCUGCUGAAGGACUGGAGCAGCUUCGUGCUGGUGGAGGGAUACUCGUAUGUUAAACUCAUAUACAGUUCGUCGGAGCAGCCCCCCACCUCCUUCUACCUGGUCCGGCUCAUCUCCAAGACGCCCUGCAUGGUGCUGCGCCUGGGCUUCCCCAUCGGUACACCAGCGCAUGUCAGAAACAAGAUUGUAGAUGAGCUGCGGGAGCAAAUCCUCAAACUGCGCUUCCCCCAUCGCGUCCAGAACAAAGAGGCCACACCCAAGACCAAGAGGAAGAUUGUCGGUCAUCCAUCACCAUCCAAGUCUCCCUCCAUCCCCGCCCCCAAACCGGCUCUGUCAGACCGGCCCUGUGUGGUGGUGCUCAACAAGCCUCUGGAGAAGCUGCUCAUCAGGUAUGAAAAGCUCCCCUUGGACUUCAGGACUCCGUUCAUUUUCAACAUGGAGAACUUUCCUCAGCCCACCAACAGCUCCGUCCCGCUCAGCAUGGCAGCCAACCGGACGGCCUCCUCCACCCUAGCCUCUCUGUCCCGCUACUUCCUGCACCAGCGCUGGGUGUGGGCGGUGCAGAGCAGCCAGGGAGCGGCCGUGGCCAUGCAGGCUGUCGCUCACAUCCUCACCAUGCUCUCCGAGAUCCGCAUCUCAGAAGGCUUCCACUUUGCUGCCAGCGGGGAGGGCAUCGUGAACAUGGUGAUCGAGCUGCCGAUGAAGGGUAUUUCGGGGGACACGGACAGAGAGAGUCACUCUUGUAUUGUUCAGUACAUCAUGUUUCCUCCUCACGCUACAUCUACUAAGGACAGCUUCUCCACCGACGAGGACAACGACACAGAGGUGGAGGCGGUCGACGUGGACACAGAGCUGCACCUGGUGACCGAGUGCUGGGUGGAGCCACAGAGCGGCAUCGUGAUGAACUGCAUGGACCCCCAUCGCCACUUCCAGGGCCUCAAGUACCAGGAAAUCCCUCAAGCAAUCUACCCAAGGGACCUGGCCUGUAUGUCCACCAUGAUGACCUUUGAGUAUUUGUGCCAGCUGUGCCAGAAUAAGGAGCAGGUCUGCUCCCUGGCUGCUCCAGUCAAGGAUGUGAGCGGUGAUGCCCUGGCCUCGGAGGAAAGCAUCCACAUGGUUCCUUUCCAGUUCGACCUCAUUCAGCUGCUCCCUAAAUGCCAGCAGGUCGAGAUCUUCUUCCUCACCUUCAGUACAGCAGUGGAGACAGAGGAGCAGACUCACAGCGCCCCCUGUCUGCCCAACGAGCUGCUGCUCAGUCUGUUCCACAGCAGCCUGGAGCACGAGCUGAGCGACAGAGAGAUCCCGCUCGCCGACAGCGACCACUUUAACUUCAUGCAGCAUGUCUUCCAGCGAGAGCGGGAUGGCCACGUUGCUCCUUUCUCCUUACCUGUGAUCAAAGAGGAGUGUGUGAAGCCUCCAGACAGACAGGACAACAUGAUGUCAUUCCACACCACCGGCAGCAGCAAAGAGGGGAUGGGCUCCACCAGCACUUUACAGAGUUUCAGUAACGCAGACCUGGUGGAUGAAGAGCCGUCGCUGGAGGAGAGGAGCUGCUCCACCCCUCAGUGGAGGUGCUAUGCCAAGUACAUCAGCUCUCAGCAGAUCAUCCUCACCUUCCUCCCUGCUUCCUACACAGAUGUUCUGAUGUUGAUGGCGUCGGGGCUGGAGCCUCAGGGCAGCAUCAGCCUGCAGGAGGACGACACCCUGACUCCCAGCAACAAAUCCCAGGCUGACUCCCUGUCCGGCUCCACCAGCGAAUCCGGCCUCAGUUUGGCCGGUAAACUCCCGAGGAACUCCAACAGCGGACACUUCAGCGCCAGGUCCCCUGUGCUCGCACCACCGUUCGAGGGCCAGAGUGGGACCCCAGAGGCCCUGAACUUGCACCAGGACAGCUGGGACAGCAGAGUGUCAGAGACGGAGACGGGGACCCCAGGCUCAGAAGGCGUCCAGUUCUCUGAACCCCAGAGUGCAGACUUCCACAUCAGCUUCAGCCGGCAGGUGUCCCAGCAGAGCACCGGUGACUGCACCCAGUUAAGAUGUCCAGUGUACGUCUACAACUGUUCCCUGGAGCACCUGAAGGAGCAGCUGGUACAGCCCAACACCAGCCGCCAGCCGCGGGACGUCUUCUUCAGAGCUCAAGAUGCAGAGUCCUGGGAGAUGUUUCAGCAGACGAAGUUCAGGUCGCUGUCUCAGGACCGCAGCAGUCCGUCCCCCUGGACCGAGCUCCUGGCUCAGCCUCACAAACACAAAGAGCUGGCUACCUUCUGCAGCCUCCUGCAGGAGCACUACCACCAAAGCUACGUCAGAGGUGUGUACCGCAGCCUGCAGCAGGCGUACAGCAUCAGCUCCCAGGACCUGCUGAUGGCCAUGGACUACUGUGAGGAGUCCCUGCAGGAGAUCGACGUCACCGCCUUCCUGCAGACCCUCUGUGGACACAUCCGGGUGUUCAGGGAGCACGGGGGUACUGCAGGAGCGGGCGGGACUCCAAAACCUCCCAGAAUCCCCGCUGCCACCUUCACCAUUGGAGGGGUGGAGGAGGAGCGAGCAGAGAGCAGGCCUGCCUUGGCCUCCUCAUCCAGUAUUGAAAUGGAGGACUCCAGUGAAACUGAAUCUAGAAGGAAGUCCUCUCCGUCAAUCCUGCAUGAGUCCCUGAAAGCCAGUAUCCCACAAUUCCCUCUGAGUCUGCUGCACACACAGUCUGGGUGUGAAGUGUACCCUGAUCUGCACAGCAUCAUACAGGAUAAAUUCAUGGGGAUCGUGAGCCAGUAUUUCAAAACGGUGCCCUCCAAUCCACACUACUUCUUCUACUGCCCGCCUUCAUGCAAGAAAGAGGAGGACUCAGAGGAAGGAGACACAGGGAGGAGGCUCAGUGAGGAGCUGCUGUCAGAGGCUGAACCAGCCACUGAGGACGAGAACUUCUCGGGCAGCUGCUUCAUGACGGAGAGCGACACAGACUUGGUGGUGGAGUACGAGGAGCCUCCAGCCAGCGGGUUCCGGGCAGAGGGGGAGGAGCUCUCCCUGUCCGACUCCAACACCGUGAACCAGGACGCAGACUCCUUCAGCAUCCUGGAGGGGGACUCCCUGCUGGAGGUGGAAGGGACCCAGCUGGACAUGCCCCCGCUCUUUGUUCACGUCACCUGUUCGGUCAACAUGAAGAGUUGCCAUGGCUCCAUGCCCAUGCAAACACUGCCCACCUGCCUUGGAGAGAUUAUUUCCUGCCUGGAAAACGUUGAGACCUUACAGUCUGUGGAUUUAAAUGAGCUUUCAGUCACUGUAGAUAUUUUCGUACUGACACUGCCUCUGGAGAUUGAAGUCAUGGCUGAUUUCCAUCAUAACAGGUACACCUCAGAGAGCAGUGUGUCCCUGAAUCGGUCACCAGGACAGCCCUCCUCCUACCGCUCUGAUGAGGGGCUGAUGACAGUGAUGGACAGUCAGUUCAGGGGAACUGCUGCUGACGGGGUCUCUGGGGAUCCAUUAUGCAAACUCCCACUUCCUCACAAGUUAGCCAUUCUGUCCACCAUGGACGAGAUCCGCUGGCUGCUGGAGGACGAGAUUGUCUCUGCUCUGCGUCACUCUAGGGUCAUCAGCUCGGCCACGCUGCAGAAAGUGGCAGAGCAUGUCCUGCGCUCCAGCGGGCGGACGCACUGUCAAUGUGAGGACGUCCCGCUGCAGUUUGUCUUCGGGCCAGAGCUGUCUCUGGAGAAAUUCAAAGAGGAGUUCCGCAGAAUAUCUUUCUCCGGCUACGUGUUGAACGGAAAGCAGGACAGCUUCUACUACAUGUCCCUGAGCAGGCUGCACCCUCAGAGGAUCCACGCCACCAAGAGGCUGUCCGAGAGCACCGCAGGCCCCCACCAGCACCCCCAGCCCUGCAGUGAGGCGGCACAGGUGGAGGAAGUGAUACUGGAGACUGAAGUAGAGGCUCAGCCAACCAGUGAGAGUGAAGACAGGCGGUCCAUCAGUGUGGCCGCUGCCUGUGACACAGUGGCAGAAUCCAGUGAGCCAAUCAGAGAGUCCGAGGACUCUGUCUCUCAGUGCUCCAUCAGCAUGGGGGCAGGCCGAGGUCAGCUCAACACUGAACCCUGUACCGAGGCCACCUCCCCCCCGAAGACGCCAUCCAGUGUCAGCCUGGCUGAGUCCAUGCAGUCAGCCUCUCACAGCGGCGGCAAACUCAGGCCCAGUCGAGUCCAGAGUGUGGUCUCCAGUCAGGGCAGCCUGGACUCAGACAUGCAGGGUUAUGAUGGGGGCAGCAGUGACUCUGAGUGUGAGAGCCCCACCCUGGAUGAACAGGAGUGUCAGUCCCCACUGAUGCCCGACUUCUGGCUCAUCGUCAACAUCCACCAGGACAGAGUGAAGGUCUACUCCCAUUCCAGGUGUUUCACAGAGGGCAAAGAGGUCAGUGCCGAGGAGUUGGAGAAGAAGGAGGAAGAGCAGGAGCAGCCUGAGUACCUGCACCUGCAUCAUAUGGUGGUCAGGAAGAUCGGGGAAAUCUGCAGAAUAGUCAAUCAGCGCAUGCUGCUGCAAGACCUGCACGACAGCCAUGUGUGUAACUCUCUGCUGGUGGCUGAGAGUGAGGAGGACAUCUGGAAGAACGAGUCUCUGUACAGGCAGAGGCUCCACAACUCUGAUGAUUACAACACAGAGGAGAGCUACCAGGCCAGAGACUACCUGGCAGCCACCAUGCAGUUCAUCCCGGGACAUUUCGCCUGUGACGUGGUGUGGAGCACCGUCAUCCACAUCCACCCACGCCUCAAGAUGGGACCCAACAUGGGGGUCUCCAGGGCGAUCCAGGCGCUGCGCUCCGUGCUCAACUCUUUCUGCGUGGUCAACAGGAAGAACAUGUUUGUGUACCAGGAGCGUACCACCAAAUCAGUCUUCUACCUCAGACUUUGUGAGACGUCCCUAACCGGGAAAUACUCAGACGUGGAUGGAAACCUGCACAUGACUCGAUCCAUAGGACUCGCUCGGAGUCAGGAGCCUCUGAUUUCUGAGGAUCUUAUGGGCUCCAGGUCGUCUCUGGACGGCUCUCGGCCAGUUGGACAGGUAGACAAACACAUCCUGCUGCUGGUGCACGGAGUGGGAAACACAGGUCCAGAGAUCACAGACGAGCUGGUCAAAGUGCUGCGGAAGCGCCUGGAUGAGACCACCUUGGACAUCAUAACUGUCAUGCUCGUGAGGAACUGUAAGCUCACACCGGCUGAUGUGGAGUUCAUCCAGCCAUCAGGAUCUCCAGCCACUCAGGUGAUGACCUUCAGCCUCCCCCCCUACUGUCUGCCCUGGCUGCCAGCUGUGGCUCACUACCUAAGGCAGAACCUCCUCAUCUUCCUGCACAUACCAAAGUACACAGACAGCAACACAGCACACCACUUCAAGCACUACUUUCAUUUGAGCGGAGACUUGGCCGACGGAGAUAUCUACCUCUACAACAAACCUGGAGGCCAGGGGACUGGAGGCAAAGGUAUUGCCUGCAUCGCCCUCUCAUUCGUGGACGCCCACAGUCGACCCCUUCAGGUUCCAGUUCAGGACUGUACCGCCCUGCAGAGAUCAGAGAACUGCACCACCCCCCUUCAUCCAGACCACUUUGAUGAGCUGACCACUGUGGGGAGGGUGGACUCCGUCAACAUGAGCUCAGAGCCACAGCUGUUUGUGCGGUUUGACAUCUGGGAACAAGGCAACGUCAGCCCCGCACAGCUGAGUGACAAACUGCAGGGGGCGCUGCGCCACGCUCUCUGCGACGUCGUCAUGGAGCUCAGAGUGCUACCCAACCCUCUCUGUUUGGGGGGGGUUUGCCCAGCAACCAAAGCACAAAGGGAAGAGGCUAAAGGGCAGUUGGUCCGCUUGCCUGAGGUGAAGGAAGUGAAGGACAGCCCCCGGCAGCGCAGCGGCUCUCGGGUCUUUAAAAGUAGCCCUUCUCCCAUCACCCUGACUGGAGGUCAGGCUGGAGGCAGCAGCCCCAUGCCCGGGACCAGCACACCCGAGUCCACCACACCCACCAGCAAGAGCACCCGCCGGAGCUUCUGGGACAUACUGAGUAAGCCAGAUCCUUCCGAGCUGGGCAGCCCAAAGACAACCGACGACAUCGUGCAGGAGAAGGGGGAGGAGGGCAAAGCAGCCCGACGGAGGCACAAGACGGAGAACGUGAAGCAGCAGUGGAGCCAGGAGAAGGCUCUGGCUGUGGAGCUGGAGCAGGCCCAGAGGAGGCAGGUAGCCCAGUUGGAGGAGGGCGAUGCUGGCACUCUGCACCCCGUCUACCAGCUCACUUGCCAGCCAUGGAUCACUUUCAUGGCUGAACUUGGGUGCCCCUCCAUUCAGCAGUGCACGGCUGACGUGGCUUCACACUUCUUGCUGCCCUCCAUCUUGGCAGAGAUUGUCAAUUUGGUCAGUUCCCUGGCAAACGACACAACAGUGAAGGCUUUUGAAAAGACAAGCUGUCCAGCUUCUGGGGAAAUGUUUGUCCCCUGUCCUCUUGUCCAGACCCUCAGCCAGCCUCCAGGUGCUACGAGAAGCUUCAUUCUCAUUGGCCGCAACUUCCAUCAGUGGCACUGCAGCACAGAGCAAGAAGACUGUUCAGAUGAGGAAACCACCGCAGUGCUAAAUAGGUUCACACCUCAUAAGGGCUUCCAGCGCUUCGAGGCACUGGAGCACAGCGAUGUGUUCAGUCCAAGCCAGGGCACUGCAGGACUGGCCCCCCGCCAGAGGUUCCUUUUCAUCAACAUCGUAGACAAAAAGGUGACUCUGUACAGCUAUAACUGGUCUGUGGAUCUUGGCUCCUCUCUGAACCGGGAGCUGCUUCGCCUGGUGAAGUGGCAGAAUGCCCGGGCGCACGUGGUCCACUGCCUGCUCAACCAGAAGAUGGGCCUCUUCCAUCACUACUGCUUCUCUGAUGCACCCAUUCACGAGCUGGACUACAAGCAGGAUCCCAACCCCUUCCUGAGCCCCUCCAUGGAGCCCGAUGCGUUGCUGCGCAGCGCAGUUCCCCCCCUGCCCAGUAAGGAGCAGGGUAGGCUAGGCCCCUCGGUCCGAAGCCUCGCUCCGCUCCACUUCCCCUCCGAGCUGCUACCCUUCGACGAGGCUCUGAGGGACGUGUGCACCAUCCGGCCCCUGAUGGAGGGGGAUGUGGUGGCCCGACAUGGCAGCCAGCUCCUGGAGAUCAAAGCUGCUGAGAGGAGAGAUGUGGAGAAGCAGAUGAAGAUCGAGAACCUGUUUGUGACGUGGCAGCAGAGGUCUGCGCAGUCCAACAUGCCCAUUUCGGGUGCAGAUUUGGAGACCCUGAAGCACUCGUCCAGGCUGGUCCACUACUGUGCCACCCCCCUCCUCUUUGACCCCACAUUCAGGAAGCAGAUCCAAGAGGAGCAGAUUAUUCAGCCUCCCGUGAAGAAACGGCAUCGCUCCAACGACUCCACAGCGUCGGGCCGGGACCGCAGCUACAGCACGGACUCUGCUGACAUGCUGCCAAGCCGCCUGAAGGAGGAGGCCUGGCUGCAGGAGAUCUCCAGCACCUUCCUGCAGCAGUACGUCCAGUACCUGCAGAGCAUGGGCUUCAUCCUGGUGCAGGUCCGACCGCAGUCUCCAGCUCGCAGCAUCGCCCGGACUCGUGCUGCUAUGCUGAACUGUAUGUCCACAGAAGGGAGAAUGUCUUUUUCUUACGUAAAGCAGAAGAGCGAGGACAGCCCUAAGGCCAUAGCAUCUGGCACUACUGCGUAUCACCUCCAGAGGGCGCUGCCAGGCGGCAUCGUGCUAAUGGAACUGGCUUUUCAGGGUUGUUACUUCUGUGUGAAGCAGUAUGCACUGGAGUGUUCCCGCAUCCCCAUGGGCCAGACAGUCAACUCCCAGGGCAGCCUCCUCACCAAACCUCGUUGCAAGCCGUUCCCAGAUGCCACCCCAGUAUCUGACUGUGCGCUCUCCAUGCUCUUCACUGAGGAGUGUGAUAAGGUGCGGGACCUGAUGCACGUUCACUCCUUCAGCUAUGACUUCCACCUGCGAGUGGUUCACCAGUACUUGGUCGGCUGCCACAUGACGCUCCGCCAGGGCUACCAGCUCACCGACUUCCUGGAUGACUUCAUCUCACAUCACCCCGAUAUUCCCAAGUUUGGACGCAACCAUGUCUUCCAAGGGAGCUUUUCCAUCUCCACGGGGAUGAUAACGGCUCAUCAGCUCUACAACUACAUCACCGACCACGCCAGCACUUACGGCAUGAAGCCGCUCCGCAUGUCCAAGGCUGCCGUCUCCACCGACAACAAGAAGGGGACGCCUGACCUGCACGAGUAUGCACUGGUGGCUCUGUGGAACAGUUCAGGCUCUUACAAGGAUCUGGAGGGCCUGCACCACCAUGAUGACUUCGACGUGUCCCUGGUUGUGUGCCAUAACGCUGCUCCAUUCGAGGAGCAGUCCGAUGGGGAGAGGCAUUUGUUGAGAUUGCGGUUCUACGUGAUCAUGACGAGUCAGAGAGAGCUCUUCCCCCGCCUCACUGCCGACAUGCGCCGCUUCAAGAAGCUUCCUCAGAUCCCCCGGGAUCCAGCUGAGCUGGGGGGGCGGCUCCCCGCAGAUCAGGCAGAGGCCGGCGGGUCCCGUGGAGCCGAGCAGGACCUCUGGGAAGAGACACCGUCUGAAGCCGCAGCCGUCUCGGCUCCCAGCGACGGGAAUGAGUUCUACCCUCUGGCGGGGGGUGGAGCCGAGGCUCAGGGGCUGCUCUACCCCUCCCCUCUGUUCCCUCUGCUCAACAACGAGGUUCUGUCGGCCCGCAGACAGAUCCAGGCCAGUGUGGAGCAGGCCAUGGGACACUGCCGGAGGGACAACCUGUGGAGGAGGCUGUUCCACGGAGAGCACCUGGCCCUGGACAAACUGAAGCUCACCAAGCUGUCCUUCAGCGAGCUGGAGGAGCUGCUGCAGGCGGUGCAGAGCCGCUCCGUGGGGGACAUCGACCCACAGCUGGACUGUUUCCUAACCAUGAGUCCUGCCUGGUACCAGAGUCUGAUCCGAGUCCUGCUCAACCGCUUCCCUCAGAGCUGCAGACACUUUGACGACAACGGCAUCCAGUAUCUGGCUGUUUUGAACCAGAAGUUCACUGACUGCUUUGUGUUGGUCUUUCUGGAUACUCAAGCUGGAAAAACAAGCCUAAAGGUUGUGUUCAGGGAACCGCUGCCAUCGCAGCAGCAGGCCGGCAGCAGCCCCCCCCCUCAGCUGGUGUCCAUGUAUCACCAUCUGGAGUCUGUCAUCAACACCGCCUGCUACAACCUCUGGACGGGGCUGUUAUAGAGUGCUGCGGGACUCACCUACACCCAAACACAGACAGGAAGCAGCAGGGGAUGAGACGAAGGGAAUCCUCCUCCUGGCUCCACCUGUCCAUCAUAGAGCAGCAUGGAGGAGAGCCUCACAUGGGACAGUGAUGGAUCUGUGUGUAUGCAGCUCUCAGUGUAAAGGCUCUCAAACCUGAGGGGGCCCAAUACAAACACAAACACAAUCAGGAAAACAUCUGAUAAAAAAAAAACGGCUCCAAACGUGUGUAGAAGAUAACCAUCAGCUAGUUCAGUAUGAGCCUUCAUCAUCUGAUAUACUUACUUUUAAAUAUGCACAUACCAGUAGUUCUGCAGCGAUAUGCAUAAGAUAACCCCAUGAUGGAUAGAAUGGAAUCCCAGUGUUAGCCAGUAAUGAUCUCACUGUGAGGAAGCUUGAAGGUCUACAGAAGCAGCUGCAUCAUAACAGACAUGUCUUACCCUGCAGCAGCCAGCUGUGUAUGCUUUGUUAAAGAAUAAGGUAUAUCAAAGGUAGUUUAAAGUUUCUUCAUACCGUGCUAUUUGCCAUACACAUAGAGUGGUGUAGUGAUGACAUGUUUUUGUAAGGCCGACCCGGAAGUUAGCAUUGCAACAGCUCCCGUGACAAAAGGCAGUGGGAUAUUUCUGUUGAAUUUUUCAAUAUUGCACAAAAUAAGGAAGGAAACCAAAUGUCUGAGCUCAUUUGUGGACGUCAGAUGAAGAAACGUCUAGCAAAGUAGUUCUCUCUGCUUCAAAUAAUGAGUCAGAAAGUUAAACACUGGAUAUUCAUCGUGCAAAAUGUGAACAAGUUAGCAUUUUUAUUGUAUUAUAGACACUGCACUCUCUUACUGUAUAAUGUAAUUUAUGUAUAUACGGAAAACUUUAUACAGUAUGUGAAAUGCUAAAUAAAGCAGUAGGAUGAAUGUUAA